GCGUGGUGACCUGGUGCCGCCAGAGAGGGUAGGAGGAACGGUGGACGACUGACUAAUAAAGCCCUUCAGAGAGACCAGGGCGACCAGGCCCCACUGACCCAGAGAGGUUCCAGGAAGAGACACUGGCAAUGAACUUGCUGGAGUGAAAGGAAACUAACACCGUGGGGCCUGUUUGGUGUGGCGCUUUGCUGAUACUCCCGUGGUGUUACUUGGUUCCCGCAGUAAGCGUGCCAGGCCUGCAACCCGAGUGUCGCCACCGCCAUGGCCCCUCCGCAGCUCUUCCGCGCACUCGUGUCGGCGCAGUGGGUGGCCGAGGCGCUGCGGGCCCCGCGCGCCGGGCAGCCCCUGCAGCUGCUGGACGCCUCCUGGUACCUGCCCAAGCUGGGCCGCGACGCGCGCCACGAGUUCGAGGAGCGCCACAUCCCAGGCGCCGCCUUCUUCGACCUGGACCAGUGCAGCGACCGCACGUCGCCCUACGACCACAUGCUGCCCGGCGCCGCGCAGUUCGCGGAGUACGCGGGCCGCCUGGGCGUGGGCGCGGCCACGCACGUCGUGAUCUACGACGCCAGCGACCAGGGCCUCUACUCGGCCCCGCGCGUCUGGUGGAUGUUCCGCGCCUUCGGCCACCACACCGUGUCGCUGCUCGACGGCGGCCUCCGCCACUGGCUGCGCCAGGGCCUCCCGCUCAGCUCCGGCAAAAGCCACCCGGCGCCCGCAGAGUUCCGCGCUGAGCUCGACCCCUCCUUUGUCAAGACCUACGAGGACAUCAAGGAGAACCUGGAAUCCCGGCGCUUCCAGGUGGUGGACGCCCGCGCCGCUGGCCGGUUCCGCGGCACCGAGCCCGAGCCCCGAGACGGCAUCGAACCCGGCCACAUCCCCGGCACUGUGAACAUCCCCUUCACGGACUUCCUGACUGCGGAGGGCCUGGAGAAGAGCCCUGAGGAGAUCCAUCGUCUGUUCCAGGAGAAGAAAGUGGACCUGUCCCAGCCGCUGGUGGCCACAUGUGGCUCCGGCGUCACGGCCUGCCAUGUGGCCCUGGGGGCCUACCUCUGUGGCAAGCCCGACAUACCCAUCUAUGACGGCUCCUGGGUGGAGUGGUACAUGCGCGCCCAGCCCGAGGACGUCAUUUCCGAGGGCCGGGGGAAGACCCACUGAGGCUGGGCUGACGUAGGCAAGUUCGGCGAUGCCCGGCCACCAGCAACACAUAGCCUGGUCGUUCCGACUCUGCUUUAGCCAACUCAAGUGGCAUUUGGGGUGACAUCCUAGAGGCCAGGAAUUCCACUGACUUGUGGGCUGCCAGUGGAGCCCGGAGAAGAGGCGGCUGGCAGGCGCUGGGGGAGGGAGGCCAGAGCUCCGAGCUGUCCCACACGAUGCUGAGCUGAGGCCCUGCCUCCCUUCCCUUUUACUGUUGAGGAAAUAAAACCACCAAGUGC